UGAACGAUGUUUGCAGUGUUGCUAUCGGAGCAAGAGAAGCGAUUCAUUGCUCAAGGAAUAGAGAAAAAUGUUCGUGAGGACGGAAGGUCGUGUAGAGACAUGAGACACAUAACUGUGACGACAGGAGACGUAUCGAGCACGAGCGGCUCGUCCAGACUUCAAAUGAAUGGAAAUGACGUUGUCGUUGGCGUGAAGGCUGAGAUCGGACAACCGAAUUCGACGUCACGUGACAAGGGGAUUAUCAAGUUUUCUGUUGAUUGUUCUGCAGUUGCAUCUCCGGAAUUCGAAGGGCGCGGUGCCGAUGACGUAUCCAACACGAUAUCCCAUACUCUAUCUCAGCUCUAUAACCACCCGUCCGCUCUUGACUUGGCAUCACUAUGCAUAGUACCCGACGAACAAUGCUGGAUACUUUACGUCGACGCUCUGGUUCUUCAACAUGGAGGUAACAUGGUUGACGCACUGUCUUUCGCUACUCUAGCAGCUCUGACUAACACAAGAAUACCAUCGCUUCAUGUCAAUAGAGGGGAGGAUGGAGAAGCGGUUGAGAUCGAGGUGUCUGAUGACCCUAGUGAUUGCCAUCCACUUGACUUGUCGGGAGUGCCCGUUACAGUCACACUUUCUAAAAUCGGCAGCUCAUGUGUCGUCGACACGACAGCCAAAGAAGAGAUGUGUACCGACGCUUCGCUGGUCGUAGGAAUUAACAGGAAUGGCCGAGUGUGUUCUCUGCAAAAGACUGGAAGUGGCACCUUGUCGCUUGUUCUAAUGACUGACAUGAUCGAGACUGCCAAAACGAUCGGAUCCAAAGUCAUAUCGAGUAUUGAAACAGUGGCAAGUCGUAGUCGUAAAGAAAGUGCAGACACGGAUGUUUCAUUUCUAGUCUCUUGAGUCCCUUGAUUUCAUUUUUUGAUUAUUGAUUGAAAUUGUUUUGGUUAUACCAAAAAUAGGAAUAAAAUUUAGGAAACCAA